AAGAGACAAAGCGGAAGUGACGAUGGGGGAAACUGGCUUCCGUUGUUUCACGUCACUUCCUGUCUUUAGCCUGCAGCGUGUUGAAAAGGAACAUGGCGGCGGAGACGGAGGACUACCCUCAUGAGAUCGACGAACAGCUCACAGGCUUCGACUCCUCGGUGUCUUCCGUCAAAACCAUGUUGGAGCAGCUGAUGUCUUUGAACAAGAACGACCUCCAGCAGAAGCUGGAUCCUUUGGAUCAAGCCAAACUGGAUCUGAUGUCUGCCUACACCCUCAACUCAUUAUUCUGGAUGUACUUGGUCACAAAAGGGGUAAAUCCCAGGGAGCAUGGAAUCAAGCAAGAGUUGGAGCGAAUCAGGACGUACAUGAACAGAGUGAAGGAGAUCGGGGAUAAGAAGAAAGCUGCCCGUCUGGAUAAGGGAGCUGCUGCACGUUUUGUCAGGAACGCUCUUUAUGAUGCAGAGGAAAAAGAAUCGAGAAAGAAAGCAGCGUCCAAGAAAACGCCGGACGCAGCAUCUGACGGCCCGAAGUCAAAGCGUCCGAAGCAGAGGUGAAGAAAGGGAGGAGGAGUUGAACAGUCUGGUUCCAUUACGCUGUGCACCACUGUCAAACACCUGAGUUGAUAUGUUUGCUAACAAGGAAUCCAAGUCUGUCUGAUGAGGCAUCAUACAAGACAACAGAAUGUUUCCGGGUCGCUCAGCGCUCAGGAUUCUACUUUGGAGUCAGAUCAUCGGUCGUUGUUUUCGUGCAGCAGUCAGUGAAUGUUGCUGGAUGUGGUAGAAACACAGCAUCCACGUUAUUUGAACACAUCUCUGGACAAAGUUCCACGCAGCUGCUCUAGAACUGAAUGGAUAUGAUGGUGUAAUAUUUUUGUAAUGUUACUUCAUCACUGAGUUUUGUGUGUACGUGUAGUUCUAUUACCAGUUUUAUUUGAAAACAGAGUAAAUCAUUGAUUGGGUCCAUGCAGGUAUUGAAAUGUCGUCUUAGAUUAUGGUUCUUUUAAACAAAAUGAUUGUCACCUGUGUAUUUUGAAAGUGAUUCUAUGAAUCAUGAGUCAUUCUUGCAUUUGACCUGUUUUUACUCACGUCUUUUUUCAAACCAAAGUCUGAUCAACUUUCAGUGAUGUGUUUUAUUUAGAAUUGACUUUUGCUGAAAAAUACAAAUCAAACCUGAUGUUUGAGUGUUUCUUUAUUCUGUUCUUUGGCUCAUUUUUCUCAUUGUUGCCUGUUUUUGUGCAGUAAAAAACGUAUUAAU